CCUUGCAAUAUUAAAACCAGUAGGUCACAAACAUUUGAAUGAAUUCGUCUCAAUCAGUAUGAUGUCAAUAGUCCACAGAGCGGACUAGGCUUCUCCUCAAACUUGUGACAGUGGUUUAUUGUGCACAUACCUGAUUCUCUAAAACCAAAUUUAUAUCAUGUCCAUCUCGUCAAAAUUUCUUCUCAUCUAAAACGCGGAGUGGGGAAAUGAUUACACCAUUUACAAAAAAACGUAAUUAGCAGCUGAUUUAGUGACCUUGUAGCAGAAAAAAUUGAUGAUAAAACAAAAUAAUGGAAGACAAUGAUCCCAUAUUCACCAUUUAUAUGAACAAUACUAGCAAUAGUAGUGGAGGCACAAGUGAAGACGAUAUGAGGAGGUCUAGUAGAAGGACGAAUAAUCAUAGUGAGUCGUCAAAUGUCGGAUUAAUUCCAGUUGAGUUUUCAUCCUUAUCAAGUAGUGAUUCUGGAACUUCUACUUCUGUGUCUCGUAAAAAAGUCGGGUCAAAACUGCAAAAAUGGGGCUGCGUGGGACUACUUCUUCUAGUGGCCGUGGGCGGAGGAAUAUGGGUGUACACAGCCAACUACAUGAAACAGUCCGCACCACAGAACUCGGCGCUGAGUGUGGACCCCGCACUGGACCCCCCUGAUGUGCUGAUUCAUGUGCCCCCCUCCCCCAUGGACAUGGGCCAGUAUCAGAAGGCUGCGGUCGUUAGCAAUGGCGGUCCUUGUGCGGCUAUUGGCAAACGCAUCCUGAUGAAGAACGGCAACGCUGUAGAGGCAGCAAUCGCCACACUGUUCUGUGACGGUGUGGCCUGUAUGCAGAGCAUGGGCAUUGGUGGCGGAUUCCUGAUGACCAUCUACAAGAGGGACGAGGGAAAGGCCUAUGUGCUCAACGCCAGGGAAGCCGCCCCUGCCAAGGCUACCGAGGACAUGUACCAUGGGGCCGGCUUUGCUGCGCAGAUCGGUGCCAGAUCUGCAGGAAUCCCAGCUGAAUUGAAGGGAUACCACGCAGCUUUCAACAAAUUCAAGAGUGGCAACGUGAAAUGGGCCGAGCUGGUUGAACCAACAAUCAAGCUCUGUGAGGAAGGGGUCCCCAUCAACAAGCAUUUGGCGUUCAACAUUAAAAAUCACGAGUCUGACAUUAGAAUGAGUGAAUCGCUGAGUAAAAUUCUACUCCGUGAAGAUGGAUCCAUCCCAAAAUUCAAUGAGAAGAUCAAGCUACCAAAAUUGGCGGAAACACUGAAAAUAAUCGCCCACUCACCGAACGAAGCCGAAGAAUUGUACAAUGGCUCUCUGACCAAAGCAUUUGUUCAGGACAUACAGGAGGCUGGAGGAAUUAUCACUGAAGAAGAUAUGGCGAAUUAUAACGUACGUUGGGAGGAACCAGUGACAGCCAGUCUGUCAGGCAAUAUGACAAUGUACACGGUGCCACCCCCCGGUUCAGGCUCGAUUCUGGCCUUCAUGCUGCAAGCCCUGGAUGGGUUCAUCCCCCAGAUGAAUGCCAGCGACCCCAUCACUGUUCAACGCAUCACUGAAAUCUUCAAACAUGCCUACGGACGACGGACUGAGUUCGGCGAUCCUCAUUACACCAAUAUCACACAGCUUUUGCAGGACUUAUCCUCUCCAGAGUACAUCAAAGCAGUUAGAAGUAAGGUUCAUGACGACCGAACCUCGCAAAACCAUUCCUACUAUGGAGCCAGAUUUGAUUUGAUUGAGGACCACGGCACAGCCAACCUGGUUGUACUUGGGCCUAAUGGAGAUGCUGUCUCAGUCACAAGUACUGUCAAUCUUGUAUUCGGGAGUAAAUUCGUGUCGAAGAGUACCGGAAUCAUUCUGAACGACCAGAUGGACGACUUUUCGGCGCCAAACAUCACCAAUUUCUUCGGCAUGCCGCCUUCGCCUUCCAACUUCAUCCGGCCGGGCAAGCGACCCAUGUCGUCCAUGAGUCCGGCCAUAUUCGUACAGGGCGACGGUAGUGUCCGACUCAUCUUGGGGUCGGCGGGAGGCACCAAAAUCACCACCUCAAUUGCUUGGGUAUCCAUGAUGAAUUUGUGGUUUGGAAUGAACAUAAAAGAAGCAAUUGAUGAGCCAAGGAUACAUCAUCAAUUAUUCCCUAUGCAGUUCUCCUAUGAAUUAGGUGUAUUAAAGUCUACUGUUGAUGCAGCCAAAAAAAUUGGUCACAAAACAAAUCGACUUGGCAACACGUGGCGUUCCUGUGUAACUGGGAUAGCUGCUUACAGCGACGGAAAAAUCGAAGGAAUUUCAGAUUUCAGACGGCCCGGCAGUGUUGAAGGAUUCUAGAAUAUCUAUUGGCUCAGUAUUAUUAUAGUUAUAUCGAAUAAGUCUAAAAAUAAUUUAGUGAUAAAUAUCGCUAGACUGAGACAUUCGUAUGAAAAUUGUAUCUAAUACGGAAACUUCGUUGCCUAGGAGUACAAUAAAACGAUCAACAUAAUUGAUUAUAUACUACUAUAUAAAUACACAAUCUACCUAUUUACGUAGGUACGUUCUUGUACAAAGUCUAUUAAAAGUUACCCUUCAACUGGAUUGGGGUUACGAGUCAAGAUAUUAAUAAAUUAAUAUUGAAGAACUGGAAAUAAUAACAUGAAUGGCAUGGAACAAUAGCAUGACAUUAUUGAUGGAAAAUAAUGUUGAUGACUGAUUCAAUAUAUGACGGAUAUUAUAGAGUUAUUAUCGCAAAUUGAUUCAAUGUAUCGCAAUUGAUUUAUUAUUAAUAUAUUAAUAAUAUAUUAUGGAGAUGCGGUUCUGAGACAUAUGAAUGUUCGAAAAAUGUUUCGAAUCAUUCUAGAUUAAUGCUCUAGGUACUGUAUAUUCCCGAUCCAGAAUCAAAUAAUAUUCAAUUUUUAUUUAUGUAAAAUCUUCCAUCUUCAAUAUUCCAAUUCUCAGUACCUAUCUUACAAUAAUACAGAGUUGAGUUGUAUAGUAGCGUAGAAUAUAGGUUUGAUGAAUGUAUUCUGUGAAUUGAAGUUCUCAAAUUACUGGCAUAUUAGUGAGAUAAUCACUUGAUUAGAGACAGACUAAUUAAAAUUUGUUGAUUCUCGUAUUAGCCUAUGAAUAAUUUGCAAUAUAUUCGCUGAAUACUUCAAUUUUUAGUGAUACAUUAUUCAUCAAUGAAAAUUGAUGAAUAAAAAUUAAUUUUUAUUGAUUAAUAAAAUUAAUUUCGUACGUUCACAAUUUGAUCGAUGCACAAUUGAUCUUCAAGAUAACUUGGUGUAUUUGAAAUGAUUUCCAAUAAAAAUAACUAUAUUAUCAACCAAGUUUAGAAAAUAGGAUAUGGAGGAACAUAAUAUUUAAUUUAUUAAAAAAAUAUUUAAUCGAGAGCAGGUACCUUAUUGUAAUGACGAGAGUUUAGCUAAGAAUUGUGAUACUAGUUAUAAACCACAUUUCAUCAAGUUGAUGAAUUGUUCAAUAGAGAAUUCUAUUUCAGUUUUAUGUACUGAGUCUAUGUCUAUAUUGAGACAUAUCUUAUGUUAGAGUAUAGUUUUGUUAAUGUUCAAGUAUAAUAAGUUGAUGAGAGACGUAUUCUUGUACUGAAUGAAAUAAAUAGAUGAUUCAGA